UCGUCUCCAAGGGGACUGUGUUUAGGGUUCGAUUAGCCAAGUUGAUUCAAGGACUUCUUUAGUAAGAACUCUAUAAUAUAGACCGAUUCAUCCAUGAAAAGAGCAACCAAUAUAACCAAAAACUAAUGUGAUAAUAGUCUUAAAAGAGCAGGAAGUCCUGCGAGAAAAUGGCAGCAAGUAGCGACUUCUUGACAAGGCUGCARAGUGACCUYUACAAAGAAAGRCAUGGAUUCGGUCCUUUGUCAAAAACAUUUCAGUCUUCAAUUGAACACGCUCCAGGUCUUGUCCAGCAUCGUAUAACCACAUUUCCYGAUAGAUAUGGUCUGUACGUGCGUAAUGAAAUACCACAAGUAAAGUGUCCGUGGGGAAGAGCUCGCAGUUAUGCUGGUGAUGCUCCCGUACAGUUGCCAUUAGACAACAGACCUAAAUGUGAGCCUCCCCCCUUACUACAGAAGAGCCAUCGUCAUUUUGGUACUGGGGCGCACCCUCAUCCACGGGGAAUCCCUAUCAAACAGUUCUACACCCUAACGCAAUUGAAGCGAAGCAAUUUACGAUGGAACGACGAAUUGCUCCCGCGACCUUCUACUGCAGAUGUUCAGAGUAACCAAAUACAUAUGCCUUUUCCUAAAGAGUCGGCCCUAAGCUCCCACACAUCAAGACAAGCCGUCUUUCCCCGUCCUGAACCAUACCCUGGGUACGACCCAUGCGGCACCCCAGCCACCCCUCCCUCGACAAUAGUCAACAAGGCCAUGGGAAGCUUUGGACGAAGGGAAAUUMUAAACAGUCGUCCUCAAUCUUCUAACGAGGGCAAUGGCGGCUAUAGUAUGAACGUCAAGCCAGUGACGGUCACCAAUCCAUUUUUUAACCGUCAUGAUAUUAUCAGCGAGUUCAAUAAACUACAUCCAAGCAAUACACCAACAUUACGUCUCCCUAUCCAACGUCUGAGAAAAGCUGAUUGGCAUUCUUAGGACAUGACAUUGUUACAAAAAUGGUCAAAGAGCAAGAACAAAUUGGAGUUUGAUUGGAAUACCCAUGCACCAUCCCACAUACAGCUCAAAACAGCUCCAGGAGUUUUAUCUCAAUGAAUAGGCUAGAGUGUGAAAGAUGUCCUGAUGCAUGAAAUUAAAGAUUUGAACUGAAA